UUGUUUUGUAAUUAAUUGGGGGCUAUCAAGUGCCAGAAAUGGAUAAGUUGACUCUAAUCUCUGGAACGUUGUUUAUGGCAGCCGAUAUUUUCGCGAUUGUGAGUUUGGCGAUGCCAGAUUGGAUCAUCACCGAUGUUGGCGGAGACACCCGUUUGGGCCUAAUGUGGACUUGUAUGACACUGUACAACAGGCCACAAGUUUGCUUUACGCCUGAUCUUCAACCCGAGUGGUUACUGGCCCUUGUCUGUAUUUUUGUGGGUUGCAUUUGUAUCACCACCACUAUUAUUCUGCUAGCCUCCUCGCAGUGGGACCGUAAUGUGAUUCCAUAUGCCAGAUGGGUUGGUUUUACAGCAAUGGUCUUGUUUUGUUUGGCUGCUGUUAUAUUCCCAAUGGGAUUCCACGUUGACGAAAUUGGGGGCCAACCUUACCAACUACCAAACAGCCACCAAGUCGGCAUUUCUUAUAUUUUAUUUGUUCUGGCUCUUUGGAUCACAGUUAUUUCAGAGCUGUUUGCAGGGAAGGUUUGUUUGCCACAUUUUUAGAAUUAUGUUAUAUGGAACGUACAUAUUAAGCAAGAAUAUUCCACAAAACAGCUCAAUGGUAAUGUAAAACUAGAAUUAAGCAUUCAGUUUUCAAUGUAUGGUCAAAUACAUUAAUCUGAUACAGUUCUGGCUGUAUGUGGGUAAGUAUAAUCCAUUCACGAUGUUUUUGUCAUAAUUAUAAACUAAUUUUCGUUAUGGUUCAGGUUGUCCAUCUAAGUCGUCUAAAUGCAAAACCCACACUUUGUAAAAUUAUUAAAAUUUAACAUCGAUUAAUUCCAUUGUGUUAAUGUGAUAAUUGUGGAUAAAACGUCCUAUUGCAUUCGCUUAAAGAAAAUCGUUCUUCAGACGUCAUUACAAUUUUUCAAAAUAGUUUUUCUCAAAAAGUCAGAGUGAGUUAGCAUUUAAACGGUUCAUUUGUCCUUUUCCAAGAAUUUUCUGGAUGGAUUAUUCUGCUUGUUUGUUACAUGUUAGUAUUAUGAAUGGUUGCUGUGAUAAAAUUCUUAUUUUUAUGAAUAAAAAUGUACAGAUCUGUAGUUACCUUGUACGAAAUAAAUAAAACACGUGUAGAACUAA